AUGCACAUUAUACUUGCCAUUACCAACGCCUGCAAUGCGGUCAAAUGGGUUACUCGCUUCUCCUGCGACAUCUUCGGAUUCUAUGUUGCCUUUAUCUAUCUCCAAAAGGGAAUCCAGAUUUUGACGCUCCAAUGGCAUGCAAGUGACGCUGCUGCUCAUCUGUCCAUCUCUAUCUCAUUACUUGUGUUAAUGGUUGGGUACGGUUGUGGAGUUAUUGGGGAUAGUAAUCUUUUCAAACAGCCAGUCAGGACGUUCUUGAAAGACUAUGGCACGCCUCUAACUGUCAUAUUCUUUACGGGAUAUCAGUUUAUCGGAAAAAUGGCAGAUAUUAAAUUGGAGCAGCUUCCAAUCUCGAAGGCAUUUCAUCCGACAAUUGACAGGUCGUGGCUGGUUGACUUUUGGAAUAUUGAAGUUGGUCAUGUAUUUUUGGCAGUCCCAUUCGCGAUUUUGUUGACUAUCCUUUUCUACUUUGAUCAUAACGUUUCCAGUCUUAUUUGCCAGGGAAGUGAGUUUCCGUUGAAAAAGCCAGCUGGUUUUCACUGGGAUAUCUUCAUUCUCGGAAUCACCACCGGUGUCUCUGGUAUUCUGGGACUCCCGGCUCCAAACGGUCUUAUUCCUCAGGCACCAUUCCACACUGCGUCUCUCUGUGUUACUCGAAAGAGGGUGGAUGAUGCAGAGGAACACAAGGGCAAGACUGAAACUGUGAUUGACCAUGUUGUUGAGCAGAGGGUCAGCAAUCUCUUGCAGGGAUUAAUGAUAUUGGGGGUCAUGACUGGACCACUGUUAAUUGUUCUUGCGUUGAUCCCGCAAGCCGUGUUAGCUGGGUUGUUCUUUGUUAUGGGUAUUCAAGCGUUGGAAGAGAACGGAAUGACACUCAAAAUCGCUUAUCUUCUGAAAGAUCGUGCGUUGACCCAUGGUGGAGAUCCGUUGAAUAGAUGCAGAAAGGGAGCGGUUUGGGCGUUCGUGGCCAUUGAACUUGUAGGAUUUGGGGCAACAUUCGCAAUCACGCAGACGAUUGCUGCUAUCGGGUUCCCAGUGUUCAUUUUUCUUCUUAUUCCUAUGAGAACAAAUCUCCUACCAAAAUACUUCACCGCUGAAGAACUGGGGAUUUUGGACGCACCGACUGCAUCACCGUUUACCCUGGAGUCAGCCGGUGGUAGCUAUGGUGACUACCCAGAGAGUGUUGAUAUCAGCCCCCAGGAUUCUGAGACAAUCGAUACCGGUGCCCUCUCAGAUAGCGAUGAGAGUGUUAUGGAAAGGGGGGAUUCGAUGAGACUAGAAAGGAGGAGACCUUCCGCUGUGAGACCUGGUAAUGAGGUUGAGAUUGAGGAAGGGCCACAGCAUAGACGGGCACGGAGGUGA